AGAUGGUUAAGAUGUAUUCUUGCUUUUCUUUGUUUUUCUAUUGUAUUCCAUUUUCCUUGCACUAGAUACACACGCAGAAGAGAAAAGAGAGAAAGAAAACAAAACCCUAAAUAGUUUGAUUUGCAUCGUUUACCUACAAUCAGCACUUCAAUUGUUCAAUAAGGAAAACCUGAAGUUGUUGUCAAGUCCUUGCAUCUUGAGGGCUUGUAAUUCAAAAUUGAGUAAUGCCUCUUUUGUUGGCUAAGUGAUCAUUGGCGGUGCACGUUUGAUGCUUGGGUGUUUUGGUUGAAGUUUCAAUCGCCUUAUUUGCUGCCAUGGAUCCUAAAGCUUCAAUUGAUGAUAACGGUGACAAUAGACUCUACAUUGGCAAUCUUGAUCUCAGAAUUACAGAAGCUGCUCUACUCAAAAUGUUUUCUCCUUACGGAAAGAUUGUGUCGGAGGACUUCUUGUGGCACACUCGAGGUCCAAAACGUGGGGAACCACGCGGUUUCGCUUUUCUACAAUAUAGCACAAAAGAGGAAGCAAUAUUGGCCAAGGAGAAAAUGCACGGACGGUUAGCUUGUGGCCGGCCAUUAGUGGUCCGCCUAGCAAGUGAGAGGUAUGCUAUGGAAGUAGCAGAUAGCUCUACAAAACCAGUAGGCGAAGGGCACAAGUUGCAUCUCACUGGUGGCGGCAUGGGACAAUCAAGCCGUGGUGCGAAAAUUGCUGCAAUAAAGAACAAGUUGAAGUCUUUAGAGGAAGAUAAUUCUAGGAACAAGAAACAAAAGCAGAGUGAUAAUAUAUCUUGAUUAAAAAAUUUUGUAACACUAUUACAAUAUCUUUCAUUUAAAUUUUUUGUUCCAAUUUAGAUAUGAAGCCAAAAUUAUACCAAUUUGUGGUGGAAACUGGAAUCUUAAUUCUAAAUGGAAUGGAGUGUUGUUUUUCUUAGUGUGCACAUAUAGAAAGUGUUUAGUUGAGCUUAGAAAUCAGUGUAAUGGUUUUUAUUUUGGACCUGGUAAAAGUAAGAAAUUGAUUGAGUUUUGAUUAGUCCUAAUAAAAAAUGAUAUGAAUAUGAAUCACAAUCUAAUUAUUUUCGGAGA